CCUUUCGCUUUCUAUAGCACAUGUAUCUGUGUAGUGCCCAGCGCAAUGGACGUGAUGGAGUCCGACGUGUCUGACAGCAGCAUCUCCAGUCAAUUAUACCGGGAAAACGAGCCCACGCGGUAAGGAACUGAUAACGAUACUCUAAAGAUAUGCUUUGUCUACAUGGUCGGUGGAUAUAAAAACAUGAUUUGGGCCUAAUCUAUGCACUCAUGGAGGUAUUAUUAAUAAUACCUCCAUGAUGCACUGUAGUUUUUCUACUCGAGUGUCUCGACCGAUGCAAUGCAUGAACUGCAACGCGCAAUAUGCAUUUGUUGUCAUUUGAACAGCGCACGUGCGCUUGUUUACAAUUUCAUUUCACAUGACCUGCUGCUGUCCGACACGUCGGACUCCAUCAUGUCCAUUGCGCUGGGCACUACACAGAUACAUGUGCUAUAGAGAAGCGAAAGGGAUACUGCAUAUGACGGUAGGUUGGCAGGUCAGUCGGUCGGUCGGUCGGUCGGUCGGCGUUUUUCCGGUUACCAUAAUAUAGGGGGGAACUGUGAUACUGAUAGCUAUGUAUUCAUAAGCGCAAGCGGAUUAAACUGUAUUCAUACGUGCGCGUGAUUACAUUGACUUAAGUCUAAGCCAGGUUUGGGCAUGCUUCCUCGGUCUUCUCUUGGAUAUUUGGAUCCCCGGCCCAGCCUCGCCCUCGGUUCUGAACAAUCCCCGAACAUGGCCGAAAAAGGUCAUCGGUUGACUAUAAUAGAAGCACCUCAGUUCCACAGAUUUAUAUUUGAUUGCAAUCAAACUACGUCAUUUCCGAUCGGGGAUUGUAAAUUUUAGCCGCACUAUAGGCCUAUACUACAUGUACUAUAGUGUAGGAUUACUUAGUGGAUAAUACACACAAAAUUUCCACGGCCGGCAGAGCUGCCGCCGUGGCUCAAUGGCCGAGCAUUCUUCCCAUGCUCAGCAGGUUUUCACUGAAGGCAUCACUAACGUGUUGGUUGGUUGCCAUCUCGGUGACUUUAAAGAUGUCGUCCUGGUGCGAAUCUAUGGGGAGAAGACAGAGAUCAUCAUUGACAGAGAUGUGGAGAAAAGGAAUAUGAAGCUCCUUGAGCAACAUGGCUGUGCUAAAUCACUGUACUGUGCCUUCAAGAAUGGUCUAGCAUAUGGCUUUAUUCCUGGACGGACCCUUGAUGAGAAAUCUGUGCGAGAAGACCAUAUUGGAAGUUUAAUUGCAAAAGAAAUGGUCAACUUCCAUGCAUUGCAAGUUCCAGAAUUAAAAGAUUCCAACAUUACGCCGACAGUAUUUCGCACCAUGAGGAAAUGGUUGAAAGUCAUCCCUGCCGAAUUUCCUGAGCCAGAGAGAAAUGAACGGUUAAAAAUGGAAGUUCCCGACAGCAAGCGCCUUCUGGUGGAGAUAGAGACUCUGGAGAAAGCAGCAGAAUAUGUUAAUUCCCCACUGGUCUUCUCUCACAAUGAUCUGUUGUUGAAAAAUAUCAUCAUCACAGAAGAAAAUGACCGGGCCUAUUUCAUAGACUAUGAAUACGGUGGCGUGAAUCCCGAGGCCUAUGAUAUAUCAAAUCAUUUCUGUGAAUAUGCUGGUAUUGAUGAGGUUAACUAUGAAUUGUACCCAGAUGAAGAGUACCAGAAAAAAUGGCUGCGACGUUUUCUCGAGUAUAAAUUCCAACAUGUCAAACGACAGGAUGUGGUCACAGAGAAAGAUGUUCAGACAUUAUAUGUACAAACAAAUCAGCUAGCAUUGGCCUCUCAUCUAUUCUGGGGUAUCUGGGGUCUGGUUCAAGCCAGGUAUUCGACAAUCAACUUUGAUUACUUAGACUAUGCAAUUGUUCGAAUGAAUGAGUACUUCCGGUGCAAGGACAAGUUCUUAUCGUUAAAGAUGCCAGAGUGAUUCGAUUCAGGCUUGACACGAUUAUGCCAUAUACUUAGGUGAAAUUUCGCCUUAUUUGUAGGAUAAUAAUGAACUGGUGGUGGUCUGUUGCAAAAUAUAUGGUUACUACCUGAGGGAAUUUAGGUAAAUUUGGGGGACAAAAGUGUUUUCAUGUUUAUAGCAAAUAAGAUGAACCUCAUAUUGACUCCAGUCAAAGUGUUUCUCAUUUGCUGCUUGCAGCCCAAUUUGAUAGACUGUAGGCAGGAGUCAGGUAGACAAGAUAAAGGUACAAAAAGUCACCAAUGAGUGUCUCCACUGUCUUAUAGUCUAUUCUAACUAUUAACUUGUGUAUAAGGAAUUGUAUUUUGAUCACUUAUUCAAACUAGAUUCAGUUCGCUAACAGUGCAUGUUGAUUAUAGUCAUUGAUUAUAAUAACA